AUGCCUGCCACCACCAAAUCUGCAAGGAGACGAACCCCCGCUCAGAGAAAGAAUGGCCAGAAAAUCGCUGGCCCUAAACGGCAAACCAGCAACUCAAAUAAGGGCAGGGGGCGAGCCUCGGACCGUGUCCAGAAAGUUGCAAGUGUCCCCGCGAGGUCAACCGGCAGAGCUCGGGGACGUGGGACAGGUAGCCGCUUGUCAGGUCAGGGCAGCGUGUCCCCAAGUAGAGUUAACCAUCCCCUUAGUGUAAAAGGAUCCGCCAGACUUCGAGGUUUGUGCAAGGUGUCCGACCACUAUGGCCAGUUAGAUGAUACCCUAUGGCGGAGGAAGUCCCCACGCGGGCCGCAGUUGUCAGCUCGUUCCUGCUUGCCGCCUAAACCCUGCAGGGGCGCAAAAAAGACCAGGGGAGGAGCAAACAUUAGAGAUCGGCCGUCAAAGACCAGCAACACCAACGCGAAUACCGAUGAGGACCUCGAGAAGUCAGACCCCGAACAACUUCUGCCAGUUUCGCUUAAAACUGAUUUUCAAGGGCCUGCUCACAUUAAAGGUGCUAAAGAGGGCAGCCCACUCAAAGCGGACUCCCCGCCGUGUAAUGACACCCUGGAGGACUGUGUGCCACGAGACAACCAGACCUGCAUAAUCAGUAAGGCUGUCACCGAGACCCCUGGGAGUGAAGAACUGCAACCGGACCUCUGCGACAACACAGGUCCGGAUAGCCCUCGCGGAGUAGCUGCUACUCAGAUUGCCUCUCUUGUUUCGCAAGGACUGCAAAAAUCCUCUUUGACAGAACAAAAACUCAGCCACGUUAAAGAUGACGCCGAUGCAAUCUUGGAAGAAACUAUGAUCGAGGAUAAUGUCGACUCUGAGAUAAAUCUGGAUGUGGUGCCAGAGAAAACAUCCGAGAAAUUGGAUGAAGUCGAGAACGAGAAGGAGGAACUGCCUGACGGCGAAGAACGACCAAAACAGAACAAUUCUGGUGAGUCCCACCUCAGUACUGAUAUUCUCUUACAACCUCCGGAUACACUUCAGUCCGUCGAGCAACUUCCAGAAAAGUCGCUAGACAAGGUGCUAACUGUCCCAAACACAGCUACCUCAAAUUCCACCAAAGCCCCUGAAGCCUCAGAGUCACCCCUACCAGAGGUUGCAAAAGAGGAUAGGACAGACAUGCAAACUAUUGUUCACGGUGCUAUACUUUCAGCCUUGAGAUCCUCUGCUGUACCAGAGCUCUCCGUGUUGCAACAUACCCAGCCAGUAGCACGGAGUACUCCUGUUAUUAUUCGUAGUGAUUCUGUUCUAAAAGAAAGGAGCUUCUGGGAGCAACUGAAACGUCUAGAGAACCCGUCUCUUACUGCUUUGCCAGCCAAAGAUAGGAAGUCCUCUCCAGAACUGUCGGAUCGCCAGAGCCAGGUCGAGACUCCGGGACAGUGUAACUCUGUCCCCAAUGAGAAUAGAGGUGUAGUCAUUACAGCUCCUGAGCUCGACCUGCCGCCAAAGAUCUCCACCCCCUCACUGGAUGGCAGCUCGGCCUUCUCCUGCAGCUCUGAGAGUACUCGCUCAUCCUUCUCCCUGGAAACAGAGUCAGAGACAGGCUAUGGCGAAUCCUCGGUGGCGUCACUUACCUGGGGAUGCGAGGGAGGACUCCGCCCGCCUUCAUGGAAGCAACAGCAGCGCAAGGAACGGCGGAAGCGGAGCAGGUGCGGGAGGUGCGAACCGUGCCUGAGGACCGUCAGCUGCGGCCGCUGCAGCUGCUGCCUCAACCGCAGCACCGGCCACCAGAUCUGCAAGCUGAGGAAGUGCGUGGAACUGAAGAGAAGAAGACCAUCCUUGAAGGGCGCUCUCCCUGCUGCGCAGGUGGUUCCAGAAAGCCUGUCAUUCAAUGGCAAGGGAGAGGCGCAGAUGGACGGCACCCACAGGGCGGCAGAGGAGGACGAGGAGGAGGAAGGCCACAUACAUCGUACAAAAACUCUACCCGAGACUGCUCGCCACCACCAGAACCUCGGCGUCCGGCCGGCACUCGGGCUGCAGCUGAGAGAUGUCGCGCUUCACCGACAUGUCUGCAAUUCUGCGAAUCUCCGCAACGGUUCCUCCGAUCCCCCGACUAAAGCCAACGGCGUUAACGUGACGUGCGGGAGUCCGAAGGCUUUGUAUCUCGGGCCCGCGAUGGCCUCCGAGCCUCAAAGGAGCGUCAUUGCCACCGUACCGUCUCGGAACGGACCCGAGACUCCAAGAUUGAAAAGGAUCAAACUGGAAGAGGACGAAGAAGCGAUCACUUCGCACGGUUUCUGUGAAGACCCUCUGUCCACCUUGGCGGCGGUCGUGUGUCUCUCUGUCACGGAGAGGCGAGGGCUAGAGGAGAAACUUUUGAGCUCGCGUCCUUCUGGUCUUCGGUGCAUCAAAACCGAGCCAACAGAUUUGCGCUUUAUAAAAAAAGAGUCCGUGGACUCGUUUGGUGCUUCGGGGAACCUCGCAAGGCCCCCCCAGAUGAUCAAGAGCGAAGCGCCUUCAAAUGAUCUCUUACCGAGUGUUCAGACUUUGGCAGAGAAAAGGAAUCUUAGUUUUGACCAGGCUAUUGCCAUUGAGGCCUUAACCCAACUGGCAGCUAUACCUCAAUGUACCCCAAUGUUCAUGAAAACCGAACGCAAGUGGGAACCUCCUGUGUCCGCAACCUCAACGCAAGAAGCAAAACGCACACCGGCGAUUCGCUACAACAAAGUCUCGGUCAUCAGCUCGCCGGCUCACCAGACGUCAGUAAUACGCCCACCCAUGGCUCGACAGGGCAACGUCAUCCAGCGCUGCCUGGGUGCGAGGCCGAUAGACCCCUCAAGAGAUGGUAACGGGACCCCCUACAGGAAGACGUACUCCGACAUUGGCUCCCGUGUCAUCAAGUCAGAAUACAACAACUCGGAUCUCAGCAAUGACCGUGAACGUCUCCUUUGGGAGAACCGGGAGAAAGCAAAAAUGACGAGGAACCGAGACGAGGAGGAGGUUGCCGCGCAAUUGGCCGACUUGGCCUUCAUCAUCCAAUCUCGGCAGAGCCGGCUGCCGGAGGCCCAUCUUGUGAAGGGAACGCCUGUGUCGGCCAUCAAAUACAACUACCGCUCACAGUUAUCUCUCGCUCAGAAAAAGACCCCCAUAAAAAAAGCUAAAAUGACUCCUUCGAAGCCAAGGAAGAAGAAGAUAAAUGAAGAUGGAAUCAACCGCCGGACCCCUCUAUCCAAGCGCGUGACGAAUGGAGACACUUCCCAUCGAAGCAGAGGCAAGAAAACCCCGCCACCUGGCAAGUCUGUUCUGCCGCAUCGGAGGAAUCUGUUCCUCCCUCAGGCUCAGAUCGACCUGAAAAGAUACCUAGUUAAAGCCCAGGAGGAGGCCGGGCAACUCAUUCAUCACCAGAGCUCCCUCCCGGAAAACCGACUCUUGUCGUAUCUGCACAAUCCGCUCCGCCGGCACGAUCCUGCUUCGGGUCCUGGGCAGGAAAGGUGCUUGCUCACUCAGGUAAUGCAGCCCCUCCAUGGGCCGCAGCACGGCACCGAGCACGGUCCGAUUUUGGCGUAUGACAGCCUUUCCGGUGCGAGGGUGUCCCCGCCUCCUAGCCAGCAGAGCUACUACAAGCUGGAGAGGUCGGGGCCGGUCGCCAUCUUGUCUACGUCCGCCGAUGCCGACGCGGGCCGAUCGGCGGAGUCGACCCCUUCCAAGCACAGUGUCAACAGCUUCCUGGAUUCACCUUUGGCUUAUCUGGACACCCCGACCAAGAAUCUGCUCAACACGCCUUCCAAAAAGCUGUCUGAGCUUCCGUGCUGUGAUUGUGUGGACCAAAUCAUUGAAAAGGAAGAAGGUCCUUACUACACUCACCUCGGAGCAGGACGAAGCGUUGCUGCAGUAAGACACCUUAUGGAGACCAGAUAUGGCGCCAAGGGAAAUGCAGUGCGCUUGGAAGUGGUUGUGUACACUGGAAAAGAAGGAAAGAGCUCCCAGGGGUGCCCGAUCGCUAAAUGGGUGGUCCGGCGUAGCAGCGAGGAGGAGAAGUUACUGUGUUUAGUGCGGCAGCGACCAGGGCACUACUGUGACAGCGCGGUGCUGGUCAUCCUCAUCCUGGCGUGGGAGGGAAUCCCUCGAGCUGUGGCCGACCAUCUCUACCGGGAGCUCACGGACACCCUCUUCAAAUACGGCUCGCCCACCAGCCGACGCUGCGCUCUCAACGAAGAUCGUACCUGCGCCUGUCAGGGUUUGGACCCGGAUACCUGCGGAGCCUCCUUCUCUUUUGGCUGUUCCUGGAGUAUGUACUUCAAUGGCUGCAAGUUUGCCCGGAGCAAAGUGCCGCGCAAAUUUCGCCUGCUCGGCGACUACCGGGAGCAGGAGGAGAAGGUGGAGAAAAACCUCCAGAGUCUUGCCACUGACCUUGCACCACUGUACAAGUGCCUCGCUCCUGAAGCCUUCCAAAACCAGGUGGAACAAGAGGAGAAAGGCGGUGGCUGCCGGCUUGGCCGGCGGCCGGGCCGUCCGUUUUCCGGAGUCACGGCUUGCGUGGACUUCUGCGCGCACGCUCACAAAGACAACCACAACAUGAAUAAUGGCAGCACUGUGGUUUGCACUUUAACAAAAGAAGAUAACCGCGCAGUUCGGAACAUACCGGAAGACGAGCAGCUCCACGUUCUUCCCCUCUACAAGAUCUCGGACAGGGAUGAGUUUGGUCGUAUUGAAGGGCAGUGGGCCAAGGUCCAAACUGGCGCCCUCCAGGUUCUGUCGGCCUUCCCAAGAGAGGUGCGUCUGCUAGCUGAGCCGGUAAAAUCAGCUCGCAAGAUAAGGCAAGAAGCUCGUUUGAAGGCUCAAGCUGCCAAAGUCAAGCGGGAAACCCCCACCAAAGGUGAGCAACUUGCCUUUUCCAACAAAUUAUCGCCUGGCCCCGCCAGUGUGGACCGGUGCCAGGCCAGCACUUACAGUCAAAGCACCAGCAACUACCAACAACAGAGGGACCUGCCAUCCCCCCGCCCCCACCUCCGUCCCGGCUUGCCGUCGGGAGCUGCUGACGUGGCGAACGGUUACCCCGGCAUCUACCCUGGCACUAUCAAACGAGAGCCGGGCGAGGUGCACUCAUUCUCCCCCCGACCUCCCUCCGAGGGCCUGUACAGCAGGCUGAGUGGACCCGGCGUCUCGGAAGAGGAUGUUAAGCAGGAGGAGGUGUGGUCGGACAGCGAGCACAACUUCCUGGACCGCGACAUCGGCGGCGUUGCGGUGGCUCCCUCACAUGGCUCCGUCCUCAUCGAGUGCGCGCGGCGCGAGCUGCACGCCACCACGCCCAUCCUCAAACCCGACCGCCGGCACCCCACGCGCAUCUCCUUGGUCUUCUACCAGCACAAGUCCCUCAACGAGCCGGGCCAUGGGAUGGCUGCGUGGGACGCAAAGAUGGCAAGGAGGGAGCGUGAGAGGGAGGAGGAGGAAGAGGAGGAGAGGUUGAGGUUGGAGGAGGGCAGCAGAGGAAGAGCCACGGAGGAGGAGGAGCCGCACGGGGAAGCCGCCCGGGUCCCCACGCGGCAAGCAUGGACGCUGCCAAGGGACGGGGUGGUCACCGUGUCGCCUUACGCCCUCACGCAGGUGACGGGUCCUUACAACAGCUGGACUUAG